AUGCAUACCUCUAUCCUGGCUCUAGGCCUCACAGCCUUCCUCCAAGGUGCCACCGCACAAAACAGCUCCAAAGCUGGAUACAGCCUCAAGACAACCUACGACACAUCCAACUUCUUCGAGGCCUUUGAGUUCUUCAACGAGAAGGAUCCUACGAAUGGCUUCGUCGAGUACAUCGACGCCGACUCCGCUAACUCCGCGGGUCUGGCUGGCUUUGUCGACGGAGCUGUCUACAUGGGCGUAGACUACCAGACAAAGAACCCUUCCAACGGCCGCAAGUCUGUCCGUGUCACUUCUCACGACUCCUUCACCCACGGCCUCUUCAUCGCCGACAUUGCACACAUGCCUGGCAGCAUCCCCGGUGUCUGGCCUGCGUACUGGAUGUUCGGCCCCUCCUGGCCAACCUCUGGCGAGAUCGAUAUCCUCGAGGGCGUCAACACACAGACUGAGAACAAGAUCACCCUCCACACGGGACCUGGUUGCUCCAUUACCAACGACGGCUCAGACCAGAGCACCUCCCUCGUCAACAAAAACUGCAACGCCGGUGGCGCCUCCGAGGGCUGCGGCCAGUGCACAGCCGACAACCAGAACUACGGCGAUGGCUUCAACGACAUUGGCGGUGGCGUCUACGCUACCGAGUGGACCUCCGAGUUCAUUGCUGUGUGGUUCUUCAAGCGCGGCCGCAUCCCCGAGGACAUUCAGUCUGGCAACCCUGAUCCUUCAUCCUGGGGCCCUGCCACUGCCAAGUUCAACGGAGGCCACGGCUGCAACAUCGAUGACCACUUCAAGGAGCACAACAUCAUCUUCGACACUACAUUCUGCGGCGACUGGGCUGGAUCCCCUGAUGUCUGGGGCAAGAACCCUGAGACCUCGUCACUGGGAGAGUGCGAGGACUAUGUCGCUUCCAACCCCGCUGCCUUCAAGAACGCCUACUGGCUUGUGAACAGUAUCAAGGUUUACACCCAGGGCGGAUCUUAUGGCGGUGGUAACAACGGCGGAAACAACGGUGGGAAUUCCGGCGAUGGAAACUCUGGUGAGGGUAACUCGGGCAGUGGAAACUCCGGUAACGGAAAUUCUGGCAACGGCAACUCGGGUAAUGGAAACUCAGGAAAUGGUAACAGUGGCAACAACAACAGCGGCAACGGCAACAGUGGAAACGGUAACAGUGGUGACGGCCAAAGCGGCAACGGUGAUGGUGGAAGUGGAAGCGGAAGCGGAAACCAAAGCGGUGGAACUCAACAUUACGUUCCCGACUCUCAACCAAACCAAGGCGGUGAUGUCUACUAUACCCCUGGUAGCCAGCAGGGACAGAAUGGCGAUGGUAACACACCUAGCGGUCAACAAGGUCAAGAUCAGAACCAAGGCCAGGGUCAAUAUGAUGGCUCAAGCAACAGCCAAAGCUACGACAACGGCCAAUACCACGGCCCAGAUGCAUACAGCAAAAGCAAAAGCAGCCACGCUGAAUCCCACAGCAGCAGCACAAGCUGGGAUGGCCAUGGGUGGAAAGUCGGUUCCAAGCGUUCUACCAGACACAAGCGAUUAUUUGCUUGA